UUGAAGUUCUUCCAGUGGUUGUAUUGAAUUGAAUGGGAGUCUCUCUGCAGCAUCAGUGCAUGAAAGAGUGAAUGACAUGAGUGGAGUUUGUUCUGCUGCUACUUCCUGAAUGUUUGCAGUUCAGAGCUGACUGCUUUCAUCAGGAAACAGUGAAGUCUGCUCAGUUAGUUUGAUCUCUAAAGAUGUCCACACAAACUGAAGCUGCAGCAGAUUGGAGAGGGAAAUUUAGCAGAAAUCUUCAUCCAGAUGGAAGAGAACAAAGUGAGGUGGAGAUGUUAGAUGAUGAAGAGCAGCACUCUGAUCAUGGAUUACAACAAACUGAAAAUCAGAAGCAGAAGAAUCUUCAAGCUGAGAGAAGAAACUGUUUCAGAGUUUUCAAGUUUUCUCUGGGAGUUUUCUGUUUUCUGAUUCUGGCUGGACUCAUGACUCGCAAUGUAUUUGUGUCUUUGGAGAACAACAGACUGAAAAACAGUAACAAUCCCCUGCAGACUGAACUUUCAGGCAUCAACAAAACUCUUUGGGAUGAAAUAAAACAGCUGAAAAAUCAGAUUGAAGUCUUUGAAGGGAAAUGGUGUCCUGAUGGAUGGAGGAUAUUUGGAUGCAGCUGCUACUAUAAAUCUACUGAGAGGAAAUAUUGGAUUGACAGCAGGAGUUUCUGUUGGGAAAAAGGAUUUGAUCUGGUGGUGGUGAACAGCAAAGAGGAACAGGAGUUUGUUUCUACAUUGAAACCAAAAGCAGAAUCCUGGAUUGGUCCGAUUGCUGAAGGGUCAUUCCAGAGACAUAAAUCUGAAUGGAAAUGGGUGGAUGCAUCACCACUGACAGAAACGUUCUGGGAUGAGAUGUUUUCUGAAGAUCCGUACAAUGCCUUCCAUGCCGUGUCCUUAAGUGCUGAUGGGAAAUGGACCCAACUGAAUAUAGGACACAACCAGAAAUACUGGAUCUGUGAGAAAAACAAUUCUAGAUCUUUCUGUUUCUGAUCUUUGCAUUGAUUUAACUGUUUAGUAAUGUGUAAUACUCAGCAUUAAAUGAGAGUAAGUACGAAAAAAUAAA